AGUACAUAGACGUUGUAAUAGUCUGUGCCAUGGCGCCAAUUGUUUACAAAUAGUCCAAUCGAUCAAUUGGCGAAAUGGAUAUGAAUACAAAUGUCCUCAAAAACUCUGGAAAAAUACUGAAGCGCAAAGCUAAACGAUCAAAAUGGUUGGGUGAAAUUUCGUUAGUUUCCAGUGAUGAAGAUACAAGCAGGGAUCACUUAACUAAGCAAGGGAAAAAUCGAGGAUGUGAGAAUUUAGUUGAAAUAAUAACCAGCGAUGAGGAAGAUAAUAUCAAAAAUGCAAAAUUAGGCACAAAAAGAGCUCUUGGCCAUGCCGACCCACCCUCAACACCACCAAAGAAAUCCAAAAUCACAGAAUCUGGUAAAAAUAUAACCAAGCAGCAGAAGUGCUUGUCAAGGAAGAGAGUUGAGACAUCGAAGCCAUUGACUGCUAAAACAUCAAAACGAGUUGUAGACGAAAACGUUGACGAAAGCAAGAAAAUUAAUCCGGUUUGGGAAGAUUAUGAAAUUUUGACCGAUCGGAACGAUAUAUCUCCCCAAACGGCCAAGAAUUUAAUUAAACUGUUCGAUGAGGGCGUCAGCAUACCGUUUAUUGCGAGAUACAGGAAAAGCGUUACACAAAACAUGUCGCCCGAUGCGUUGAGGGAGGUUAAGAAAUCAUAUGAUGAUAUAAGUAAUUUGAGGGACAAGAUAUCUGCGGCGGCAAAGACUAUUCAACGAGCAGGAAAGUUCACUGACCAGAUACGACAACAAAUCAGUCGCGUGAAGAACUUUGAAGAGUUGGAGUUUAUAUGUGCUCCAUUUAAAUCCGAAUGUAGAGAUACAAAAGCGAACAAAGCUAGAAAAUUGGGUUUAGAAGGACUGGCUCAUCAAUUACUUAAUAACUCCAAUGCAGUCGACAUUACUUCUUACGUAAACUGCGCCAUAGAUGGUUUAAAGUCAGUAGAAGAAAUUGAAAUGGGAGUUGUAGACAUUAUUUCUACGGACAUUGUGUUGGAUCCUGAUGUCUUGAAGUUUAUUAGGGAAAUGAGAUCAAAGCAAAUUUUUUAUUUAAAAGUAUCUGAGAGGCAAAAAAGAGAAACGAAAAAUGAAAAAUCUCAAAAAGUGGCAGCGGGAAAAGGGGAAAAGAAAUACGACUUGUAUAUUGGCAAAGAGUUUCGGAUGGAUCUUUUAAAACCACACCAAAUUCUGGCUAUAAAUAGAGGCGAAUUGCAAAAGUGCCUCAGCGUUAAAGUGAAGUUCCCAGAGUUUUUCGCGAAGCAGUUCAAAAAUUUAUGUCUAAAAAAAUGGUUUCAUUCGUCCUCGUCAGAUUAUUUGCGACAGAACAUUAUCAAUAAAGCAAUUGACCAGGCAUAUAACAAAUUUUUUAAACCGCACGUUACGAGGCACAUUCGAUCCGAACUGACGAGACAGGCCCAUAGAGCGUCCUACGACGUUUUCAGCGUUAACUUAAAACAGUUGCUAUUGACGCCGCCCCUAAAAGGGAAAAUUAUCUUAGGCGUAGAUCCCGGUUUUCGCAACGGAUGCAAACUCGCCUUGAUAUCUGCCACCGGCACUCUGUUGGAGUAUAACGUAAUCUACGUUCAUCGCAAUAAGUCGGAGGCGGAAACAAUUUUGAAACAAAUGCUCCUAAAAUAUGAGUGUGAAUUAAUCGCAUUAGGAAACGGUCACGGUUGUCGAGAUGCGGAAAUAUUCAUUUCGGAUCUGAUAAAAACACAUAGUUUCGGUAAUUUGAACGUGAGGUACACUAUUAUCUGCGAAGACGGUGCUUCGAUAUAUAGUUGCAGUACGGAAGCAGCAAAAGAAUUUCCAAAUAUGGACCCGAACAUUAUUAGCGCAAUUUCUUUGGCUAGACGAGUGCAAGAUCCAAUGGCGGAACUGGUGAAAGUCGAUCCCGCCCAUUUGGGAAUCGGCAUGUAUCAGCAUGACUUAAAGAAAAAGGAACUCGCCACCGCUCUCGGCGAAGUGGUCUCAGAAUGCGUAAGCUUCGUCGGUGUCGAUUUGAACACCACCUCUGUAUCCCUCUUAAGACACGUCGCUGGACUCACGGAGAAAAAGGCGAAACUGAUAAUACGUCAUCGCGAGCAAAACGGGGCGUUCACUAGCCGUUCGGAACUUCGGGACGUUUCGACCAUAGGCGAGAAAACUUUUCAACAAUGCGCAGGAUUCCUCUACGUCGGUCCAACAGACGGCGAGGACAAGCAUUUCUACAAAAGCAAGGAAACCACCCCAUUGGAUCGAACAAUCAUACACCCCGAAUCGUAUGAAGUCGCCAAAAGAAUCAUCUCGAGAAUAGGCCUGCAAGAAUCCGAUAUCGGAUCCGAAAGUUUCAUUAAAACCAUCAAACAAAAAUAUAGCUGUGUCGAUGCGAACACUCUGUCUCAGGAGUUGGGGACUAGUAAAGAUAUUGUUCAGUUGAUCCUCGACUCACUGUCGCAGAGACUAAAUUACGAUCUGCGCCAGAAAAUUGGAACCACGCCUCUGUUUAAACAAGAAGUGACGUGUUUCGAAAGUUUAUCCUUAGGACUCGUCCUUACAGGGAGGAUAACUAACGUCACUCAUUUCGGCGCUUUCGUAGAUGUCGGAGUCGGUAGUAAUGGAUUGAUACACGUGACUAAAAUGAACGGGUUGGUUUUAAAUAUCGGCGAUAAAGUGGAAACUAAAGUUUUGGACGUUGACCGCAACAAAAAGCACAUCGCUUUGGAAGCGCUGGCUAUAGUGUAG